GUGUGUUAGUUUUCUCUCAGUCAAAAAACGAGGGGAUUCCUUUCUAAAUUUUUGGACUUUUUCUUUAAUUUAUUCCAUUUUCUUGAACGUUAUUUCCCAAAUUAUUUUCCAAUCAUCAAUUGUACAAAAUUUCUCUCCUCGUGCGUGUUAAAAAAAAAUACAGAAGCAUCCGCACAGCCAAGAAUUUCGAAAAUUUUAACAAAAAUUUGUCGCAUGGAAAAAAUUUGUGUAUUACAUGUCAAAGACAUUACUAAUCAAUGGAACAAAUUUUGUGUACUUUGUGCGUCAUAUUUUGAAAUUAAUGCUUGGAAUAAAGGACAAAAAAAAACUUGCUGCAGAUUCAAAUGAUUUAUAAAUAUUUUAUUAGGAAAGUUAUUUAUUAAAAAACAGAAAAUGGAUCAGAGUGGAAAAAGAAAAAAUAGCCAAAAAAAUAGGAAAAGGAAUCGAAAUAGACGUUUAGAAUCAUUGUACAGCUGCGUUGAACCGGUGUCUUUACUUCCAGUUCCAGAAUAUCCGCUACCAAAGGAAUUAUUGGAUUUAUUGAAGCAAAAUUGCCGUCAUUAUCCGGGUAUUUCGGAGAAAGGUGUAAAAUGGUUGAAAUUUCUCGAUAUUGUUCAGCAUAUGAAGGAAGUGAAGGAGGAGGAUUAUUUGAUAAUAUUAAAAUUGCUUCUCUAUCUCGAGGAAUAUUACAAUAAUGUUUCAAUGCAACAGUACAAUUUAAAUAAAUGGCGAAUUAAACGCGCUCAAUAUUCAUCGGGUGGUUUUGUAAUUCAUGUUCCUGGCUUAGCAGAGGAUAGACCAUCAUUAUUACCGAAUGAUAUCAUCGAACUCUAUCAAUGGAAUGCACCCGGAAAAUACACUCUAACUGUUAAUUUCAUUGGUGAAAAUUACAUUGUCGCCAGGCCAAAUACACAUACUUUCUACAAUGCAUUCAGGGAAGAUGCCAAAUAUAAUAUAAAGUUUCGUUGGCCCAAUUGGCCGGUUCGUGUUUGUCACUAUGCAAUUAGUUUGAUUCACGAUUAUAAAUUAACAUCUCUAUUGUUUCCACAACCGCGAAGUGUUUACAAUAGGCCAAAAAAGGAUUUAGUGUGGUUCGACAAAAGUAUCAAGAGUAAUCCAGAGCAAAUGCAAGCUGUGGAGCGAAUUGUCGGCAAAACGGCGCAUCCAUCACCGUAUUUAUUAUUCGGUCCACCGGGCACUGGAAAAACGUCGACAAUUGUCGAGGCAAUUUCGCAAAUUUUCGUUAGCAGUCAAAAUGACAGGAUUUUAGUUUGUACGCCAUCGAAUGCGGCAGCUGAUGAAGUGACUAAACGAUUAUUAAACAAUGUCCCAUCGAAUUUGGUGUUCCGUAUGUUCAGUCCCUCCCGAGACGCUAAAGACGUGGACGAGAGUAUCAAGGAAUGUACGAAUUUCAUUGAUGAAGAAGUAAUCUUUCUACCAAGAGAUUUGCUCAUUAAGAAGAGAAUCGUUAUCACGACUCUAGUCACUUGUAUGAGAUUGGUAUCAAUGAAAUUGUGGGAGAGUCACUUUAAUUAUAUUUUUAUUGAUGAGGCUGGUCAAGCAACGCAGCCGGAAUCUCUCAUUCCAAUCGGAUUAACAAGUGGCGAGGAUUUGGGACACGUUGGACGCUUUCACGCACAAAUUGUCCUAUCUGGCGAUCCACAACAAUUGGGCCCGGUUAUUAUGACGAAAAUCGGACACUGUUUAUUAGGUAAAUCGAUGUUGGAGAGAUUUAUGGAUUCUUUCGAGAUUUAUAAAAAGUGUCAAGAAGGAAAAUAUGAUCCGAAUUUCAUUACAAAAUUAGUGCAAAAUUAUCGCAGUCACGAGGCAAUUCUUCGCAUUCCAAAUGAAUUAUUUUACGACAGUGAAUUGGAAAUUUGCGGUGGUCACAAAAUUCAUCGUGCUGAAAAUUGGUCCGAAUUGCCAAAUAAAAAAUUCCCCAUUAUAUUUCACGCGACUCAUGGCCUCGAAAAGAAACACGAAUCAUCACCCAGUGUUUGUAAUGAGAGUGAGAUGAAGAUUGUUAUGGACUAUGUGGAGAAAAUAUUAGACAAAACGAUGGGAGAUGGAAAAAUAAAGCAAAAAGAUAUUGGAAUCGUGACGCCGUUUCGUCUGCAGAGACAAAUUAUUUUGCGUGCCCUUGAAAAAAAAGGAUGGGGCGACAUCGCCGUCGGAACAGUUGAAAUUUUCCAGGGUCAAGAGAAGGAUGUGAUAAUUCUCUCAUCCGUGAGAUCGACAGUUUUCAAACAUGACAAUCGAUUUCACAUUGGUUUCCUCUCGCACAAGAAGCGUUUCAAUGUGGCAAUAACGCGAGCAAAAGCUUUGCUAAUUGUUGUGGGGAAUCCAAUGAUUUUGCAAAUCGAUCAUUGCUGGAAGAGAUUUAUCGACUAUUGUCAUUUGAAUGGAGCAAUUGUUGGCGAUGAAUUCCAUUUACGCGAAAUGAAUGAUCACGAAUGCGCAAAAUUAUUAAAUAAUCGCGAUCCAACGAAAUAUCGUGAAGUCGAAGCGGAAAGUCUUCCAAUUGAUGAAAGUGAAAUUUUAGAAGAACGAGUUCAUCCAUUACCGGAAAAUGUGACACCGCAGAGAAGAAUGCGCUCACCAGUUACUUCAGUAACACAGGAAAUUGUCAAUUCAUCAGUAAUAACUAUUCACGGAUCACCCGAAGCUGAUUCUGGUACGUACAGCAGUUCGAAUAGUGGCACAAUAGAGGAACAAUUGAGCGCGCCCAAUGAAUUUGCGGAGGAAAUUCUUGGUAAUAAGACAAUUUCAACGGAUCCAAAUAAAAUUUCACUGGAUUCAGAUUCAAAUUCAUCGUACUAUGAUUUCUCGAGUGAUAAUGACGAUGAAGUGUUUAAAUUGGCGAAAAACGUUCAAGAAAUAAAAAUAAACACCGCCGGUUAAUUUUUGAAAACAAAUUUUACAAUUCUAGAAAGUUUAGAAACGAAAAAUAUUCAAUUAUGUUCAACAAAAAAGAAAAAAUUACUAAACAAUUUUUUAAAU